AGUGUAACAUUAGAUAGCUUCUGGUAACAGAUAAGGAAAGAGAGCAGCUUCACGCAGAAUUCAGGUUCCUUCUGCUUCCAUUGAAGGAUAGAGCCUAUCAAAAAAUCGAAGAUUGUAUCAUGUCCCAGGUGAUACCCAAUCAUGUGUUGCGUGUGGGGCAAACCGUUUCAUUGGCAUCCAAGGAUGAAAGUGACGCUUUCAGACAAGGUGUACAUCCAAUGUGCAUCUCCAUGAACAAUAAAUGCUCUUACUUCACCACUGAGAGAUAUACGGGACAGGUCGCAACACAAGUCAACGGUCAUGUGUUGCCCAACACAGCUGUGUAUGGAGAGAAGAAUCUUGUCCACGGAACAAAUUUCAGGGUAGCAGAGAAAGGAUCUCACAGCAGCAGCCUGCCUGAACAAAACAGGGUACCAGGAGGUAUGAUCCGCAACAAUUAUGUUGCACAGCAAUCAACAAAUACUGAAGUCUGUGAUGAAGGAGACCCUAUAUCUCCUUCAUUGGAUAUCUCCAUUGAUCAUUUAAACCAACUCAUUUUACAGUUGGAUCCUACAUUCCAACCCUUGCCAAUCAAAACUGAGCAGUUCUAUAAUAGUUCAAACCAGUUCUCUUCUUCAAGUCAGGUGUCUUCGUCAUACAAGCCAGAGACUCCGAAGAUGUCAAGUUCACAUGAGAUAAAAUGUGUGAAUGUUCAUAGUGAUCCCAGAAGAAAUGUUUGUCAUGAGAACAUUCAAAGAUCAGCAAGUCCUACUCCAAAUUCCGAAGGCAUCUUAAUCUCCAGAGGAACUCAAAGAGACAACUGUACAACUAAUGGCAAUGUUGUCUUCAAUGAGACUCAUUCGCAUGUAAAUGGACAUCUGGAUCGACACCAAAGCCCAUCUACUGGAGGUUACAACCAGGUCUCAGAGGGUAUUGCCAUCCCACAUCAGAGAUUGAACCAUUAUAAUGCCAACAUUUCUUCAUCCGUGGGUUCAGAAAACAUUCCGAAUCCCCUGUACCAAUUUCGAAAUUAUGACGUCUCCAGCAUGUCCAACAGUCCAGGUUCUGAUACCAGCUACAUUCUGGGAAGUACCCAGUCACUUCUCAAUGAUGAAAUUGAUGGUCAGCAAUUGCCUGGAAGAAUAGCAGAAAGUCCCUUCGGGUCUUUGGGAUCAUUUUCCCAACUAAACAGCCCAGGAAUGAUGUCCCCUUCUUCAUCCAUACAUUACUUUGACCAGAACCCAGAUGUUUGCAGUCACCCAGCAUUGUCUAUGAUAGCCAACCAGUCAAAGACAUUUUCACGACUUUCUACAAAGGGUCAUGCCAACAGUUGCCCUGCAUCAGUUGCCAGUUCUAGCAUGGACAUCCCUAUUCUGCUUGUAAAUGGAUGCCCAGAGAGUCAAGACAGAUCCUCUAUGUCUUCGACAAGUUUCCAUGGAAGCCAAAGACGAAAAAGUUCCUCCAGUUUCAAUAGAGCGAAUAAGACCUACUCAGAUUCUUCCAUCUCAACCUUUUCUGACAGUUCCAACAGAGAGGGGCAAACAGGCAUGAAAUUUGUAAUGGCCACUUCGAAGCAGUGGUUCCAGCCUAGCAUUACAAGAGACAAAGCUAUUGAGUUUCUGAAGGACAAAGAACCUGGAACAUUUCUUAUCAGAGACAGCACAACCUUCCGGGGGUCCUUUGGACUAGCCAUGAAAGUCCCUGGGGUACAAUCCAAAACAGGCAAGGACUCGAGUGAACUUGUACGACAUUUCCUGAUUGAAUCAUCAGCCAAAGGUGUUCACCUAAAAGGUGCAUCUGAUGAACCAUACUUCGGAAGUCUUUCUGCACUUGUACAUCAACACAGCAUUACUUCCUUGUCUCUACCUUGCAAAUUAUUAAUCCCAGAUAAAGAUCAGCAUAACGGGGAAAGCAGUCCGGAUUCUCCUCCAGGACCCGCUGUGUCUGAGCUAAACACGUCAACUGCAUGCAAUGUCCUGUAUCUAAAUUCCGUCAGUACUGAGACACUGACGGGGUCAAGUGCAAUCCAGAAAGCUGUAUCUGUUACGUUUGAGAAGACUAACCUACCCAUGCAAACCAUCGUACACUUCAAAGCCAAUGAGCAAGGCGUUACUUUGACUGACGUCCAGCGCAAAGUUUUCUUCCGCCGUCAUUAUCCACUUUCAACCCUAAACUUCUGCAGUGUGGAUCCUGAGCUAAGAAAGUGGCAAAAGCAUUGCAGAUCUUCAAGGAUUUUUGGAUUUGUUGCGAAGAAUCCAACUGAUGCCUCUGACAACGUGUGCCACAUCUUUGCAGAGUAUGAUGCUAUUCAACCAGUUUCACCUCUCAUUACUUUCUUAACAAACUUGAUUCAACAACAAGAAAAGUUGUAAUUUCUUCAGUUACCACUAGAGGAGCCUUGUUUUGACAUAUAUCCAUCACUUGCUCCCUUGAGAUAUGGAUUGCACCCUCUUACACCAUAUGUUCUAUAUUUCGUACUCCAGAUAAAGCUUCUAGAACGGACGUGUUUUUAUACCUGAAAAAAACGACUACUAUUGAAAAGGAUGAAGUUGGGAUCGUAGCCAACAUUCUAAGGAAACUGUGUUCACACUUUGAUCCACCACUGACCUCGAUCAGCAGAGAAAGCAUUUUUUUAAUUUGUAUUUUUGUAUUGCCUGCAUAAUCAGCUUCCAAGACACACAAAACCCCCAUGCCCUACCUUCUAGUUUAUCACAAUUAUUUUCUAUGAAACUCUACCCUGAUGCUUCUCACUAAUAUGUUCGUGCGGGAAUAAUGGCUAGGUAAGCAUUUUGCACUAAUGCUCACAGAUUUCUAGAUAUGCUUUUGUAGCAAUCUUUUUCAGCUUAAAUUAUGUUUUGCAUAAUUUCUUAUGUUGCUUAUGUUCCGAAACACUCCAAUCUUUGUUUCUCAGAGGUAGAAUCCUAAGGAUCCACAUUGACUAUGGUGACAUCACCAUUCCACUUCUUAUAGAAACGUCUGAAAAUAAAGUGAAGAAUGAGUGAUAAUUCUAUAUUAUUAUGUUUCUUAUCAUUUUAUUAUUUAUAUAGCGCCAGCAAAUUCCAUAGCGCUGUACAAUGGGCUAUAUGUACAGUUCUCCUAUUUGUAGGAGUAUAGCCUUUGAGGACCUUUAUAAUAAGGUGUUUUUUUAUUUUUUUAUUAUUUACUUACUCUUAAGCAGGGCAUAGGUGAUAUAACAAACAGCCACUAUUUCAGACUGCCACAGUGUUAAAAGACACUGAAACAUCAUAUCUGCUCUAUUAACAAUUACUACUUUAGGUAAACAAAAAUGUAUUGCAAUUAAUUUUACGUUGUCAUUGUUAGA